CUUUAAAUACCCACUCCAUCGCUAGUUCGAUAUGAAAGCAUUCCAGUUUCUCGGAGUUGAACAGGGCCUUCAACUACGAGAUGUUCCCGUCCCCAAACCCGGCGUAGACCAGGUGUUACUACAAGUCAAAGCCGCAGGUCUCUGCCACUCAGAUACCCAUGUCCUGCACGGCGGCGGAGCAGCUUGGAUGUGCAAGCUACCCGUGAUCCUAGGCCACGAGGUUGCUGGUGUUAUUGUCGAGCUGGGCACCGCAGAGUCAUCUUCGACCACUCCCUUCAAAGUAGGUGACCGCGUAGCCGUCGCCUGCGUAGGACAUCCUAUUCAAGAGCGCAAUUUCCAAGAGGCGCUCGGCGUCGGGUGCGAUGGAGGUUAUGCCGAAUUCGCUGUGGCUCCCGUUAAGAAUCUGGUAAAGCUCCCGGAGGAUGUCGGUUUCCCCGAAGCUGCCGUGGCCACCGAUUCCGUUGCCACAGCCUACCACGCAGUUGUCACAGAGGGCGGUGUGACCCCACAUUCAACAGUCGCUAUCAUUGGCUUAGGAGGCCUCGGUCUAAACGGCCUGGCCAUUGCGUCUUUGAAAGGGGCAAAAGUAUACGGCGUUGAUAUCAACGAAACAAAGUUCGACCAAGCUCGAGGUGCUGGGGCCAUCGAGUGUGCAACAAGCCUAGACGCCCUCUCAGAAAAGACUUUCGACCUCAUCGUCGACUUCGCCGGCACACAGAAAACAGUUGAAGGUGCUAUCUCUGCUGUCAGGCCUGGAGGCACGGUUGUACUAGUUGGUUUGGCGAGCCAAACAGUCCAAUUUGCAACCACAGACUUAGUGACCAAGAAUGUGUCACUCAAAGGUUCAACUAGCGCUAGCAUUGCAGAGUUUCGGGAGGUGCUGGCAUUGCUAGCUUUGGGGGACUUGAAGCCGCAAAUUGAGGAGAUUCCUUUUGCAGAUGUCGCAAAGGGACUUGAGUUGCUUGGCUCUGGUAAGGUGGCUAAUCGACUGUAUACUAUUCCAUGAUUUAUAGGCCUUAAGGCUAUGGAACUACUGUGGAGAGAGCUCUAGUCCUAGAACUUUGCAGCAUGGG